GAGGAGGAGGAGGAGGAGCGCGAGACGGGCUUUCAGAGCGCCUCGUCUGCUGGUCGCUUCGGGCGAACCGGGCUGUCCCUACUCUAAAGCAGAGCGCGCAGCACAGUGCGGAGUUUUGCAGCGAGGUUGCUCCGCACACGGCGCGAAUCCCGUUGGGUUCAAGAGGGCUUAAUCCCAGGUAAGGCUGCAUAGAAUGGCAGUUUGCGCCUUCCCUUUCCCGGCUGCCAUCCUCUGCAUGCUCACCCGGGGCAAACGAAGGGACUUCUUUUGAACCCAACGCUUCGUCCCGCGAAUCCCAGGUCGGACUCCUCGAUUUAGCUCUCGCCGGUUCAUCCUCCACGCCCUUUCUUUCCUCGGAGGGUGCCUCAGAAUGACCGCUCCGGCACCGGAGCCGCUUUGCAAGUCGUGAAUGCAAGUUCUCCGCUUUGCAGCGCCACUCCCCCUAUCGCCGCCGCAACCCGGGGCGAAUGGGCGGGUGUCAGAACGUCUGGUUUGUUUGCUGCUGCUCCGAGCAUCACACGUAGCCGAAGCGGCAGCGCGGGGGCUCCUCGUUGCCUCCUUCCUUCAGCCGCGGCUCCGACUCAGCCAAUGGCAGCGCCGCGCAAGGCUCCCGAGCUGUUUACCCAAUCUCGGCGCUCCUUUUCCUCCUCCCCCGCCCACCCGUCUCCCUUGUCAGCCCCGCGAGCAUCCUUCUUCGCCCAGCCAGGCUGAGGGGAGGCGGCAGCGGCGGGUCCGUCGGCCAAGCGGCUCUGGCGCCUCUCCCUCCAGGCGUCGCGCGCUGCCUGCCGCAGCCCUGGCUCGGAGCGCUCUCCCGCACCUGAGCGUAGUGAUGAGGAGCUCCACCCGGCCCCGGGAGGGCUGCCUUGGGGACUCGCCGUGACGGGAAUUCCGUUCCACAGCGCGGCCACGCUCCCGCUUUCUGCUUCGGUGCGCAGGCUGCUGCUGCUGCUGCUGCUCCUGCGGCGACGGCUGCUCCUUCUUCUCCGCUCGCCACCGCUCCCUCCUCCUGGAGGAGCCACGCUGGGCGGAAGGAUGGGCUGCAUCGGCUCCAGGACAGUAGGAAACGAAGUGAUUGCUGUGGACUGGAAAGGGCUAAAAGAUGUGGACCAGAUCAAUAUGGACAGCACCAGCUCACUCCAUGGAAGCAGCAUCCACAGACCAUCUACUGAGCAAACACGGACAGAUUUCUCCUGGGAUGGCAUUAAUCUAUCCAUGGAAGAUACAACCUCAAUUCUUCCCAAACUGAAACGAAACUCAAAUGCCUAUGGGAUUGGAGCUCUUGCCAAAUCAUCAUUAUCUGGCGCCUUAGGGAUAUCCCGCACCAUGAAGGAUCACGUCACCAAGCCCACUGCCAUGGGGCAGGGUCGUGUUGCACACAUGAUUGAGUGGCAAGGCUGGGGCAAAGGCAGUAGCCAGCAGCAUACUCAUGAGACAGUACGCAAGGAUGCAGAUGCUUACUCUGACCUGAGUGACGGAGAAAAAGAGGCCCGAUUCCUUGCAGGAGUGAUGCAACAGUUUGCUAUCUCAGAAGCCACACUGAUGGCCUGGUCUUCCAUGGAUGGUGAGGAUGUAAGUGUCAACUCCAAUCAGGAAAACCAAGCUGGCAACUACAAUGAAAACUAUCAAGAGAUGAUGGAGAAUCAAGAACACCUGGCCCAGGUGCAGUAUGACAGCUGGCCUCACUCUUACGUCUCACAAGGCAUGUACUGCCUGGGUUCAUCUGAUGCUUGGGAAACCAGUGAUCAGUCCCUCAUUGCGUCCCCAGCUGCUGGCUCUUACCUCGGCCAGAACUUUGAGGAAUGCCAGUCUAACCUGCAGGAAAGUGUUUUAAUCCAGAACAACCUUAUCCAGCAGCACCAACUGUUGCAAAUGCAACAGCAGCAGCAGCUACAGCAACAGCAGCAGCAACAACACCAGCAAGUGCAACAGGCUGUGUUCCAAAAUACUGGCCUUGUAGAUGUAUGGCCAGCUCAGACAACUCCUAGUGGUGAUGAUAGCGUUGGUAACGGGGGAAAUGCUGAAUCCAGCACUCUUGUGGGAGUUCACGCAGAAGAGGAAGGGAACCCCGUGCUGGAGAAAGCCCCCCUGUUGAACAAGAAACCUUCUCCAGAAGAGGAUGAUGUUGUAUGCCGGGAUCUGGAGUCUCUUUCACCCAGAGAGGAGGCAGAGCCUGCUGCCCUUAGCCGCAAGGUUUCUGAUGUUACAUCAUCAGGAGUUCAGUCCUUUGAUGAGGAAGAAGGUGAAACCAAUAACUGAUUCUGGCUGUUGAAACCUUUGACAAUAUGCAUGGGAAACACGGGUGGGGGAAAGUGUCAGGGAAGCCCCUCUCCAGCUCCUCAAUUCCCCCUAUCUCAAUUCCCCAGGAUCCCCAGUUCCCCAUAGCACACUUGUUUAUCCUUAGAUUUAUGGAAAGGUAAGCCAAGGACCAAAGUGCUGGGCAUUGCUAAUUCCCCCCUCUCCUCCUGCACACGUUAGGCUGAACUUUUAAGACUUACUGCCCAGAAAGCUCAGGGAAUGCAAGAUAGUGGCCUCAUGUGGACAUUGCAAACAGUGGGCACAAGUUAUGCUGAUAUCAAGAGUGGUUUUGGGAGGCUGAUUCAAUUAACACAGCCUCUGAGAAAAUGCUGCUCUGGUCUGGCUCUUGGAACCUGGUGGAUCAAUGAUAGGGAGAGAGGGAGAUAACUUUGCAACAAAAAAGUCAGGCCUCAUCAAGAAUUCUGCUUAUGGAAGUGAGGUGCUAUUUGGAGAGAAGCUUUCACUUGAGGCCUAGAGGACCAUGAAGUGGAGGGCAUGGAUCCAGACUGUGGGACUUAAGGGGUAGUGACUCUUCUGUGAUAAAACUGAGGUACUCUGAGUCCAAUUCAAACCUCAUUCUUCAGAACGUGUGCAUGCAUUUGCCGCUGAAAGCCUCUUUAUGCACCCACCCUCUGUUAACUUUGCCUAUAUGGGGGCUGGAGAGGGUUUUCCCCCUCUAUUUAUUAUUGGGCACUGCAUGUAGGGAAAAGGGAGCGGGGGUCAUCUGUCAAUCUUAUAAUUUAUGCAGACAUGGAGUUCAGUCUUUCCAUUAUAUACAGGGAAGACAAGACAAAGAAACAAAAGCAAACACAUACCACAGCUUAACUAUGUACUUAGUUUUCCUUUAUUUUUCUCCCAAAUAUUUUAUGUUGCAACAGUUUUUUGGCCAUGAGAGGGAAUGGCCUGGUGCCAUCUAGUGUAAGGUAAUACUUUUCUAGACUUGCAAGUUCCUCUGAAAAUAUUACAGCAUCGAGACUGGGCCAAGACUAAUUCUCUACUGUUCCCAUUCAUUUUCCUGCUAGGGUUUUUGUUCUAAUGACAAAUAUUUGUAAUUAGCCUAGCUCAGUCGAGAAUAAGAAAAAAGUAAGCAACACAUUUUUCUCAAUUUUUAUUUGAAGAAGGGUUUUUUGGGGGCGAAUGAUUGCUAGGUUUUGUGUCCCAGAGAGUUGAUCUCAAGAUAUCCCUUUUUCUCAGUGAUUGGUUUGUUUUGGCAGGUAAAUGGAAAUUAGCAUUAUAAAGCCUAGCUUUUAAUACUGUGUUCUUUGAAAAUAAUAAUAUAAAAAAUGACCAGAAUUAAAAAAAAAAGAUUUAUGGUCAUCAUUAGAAGAGCAAAAAUAAGGACGCUGCCACAAAAGGUGACCCUACACUGUCUUGUGAGAAAAUAGCAUUUUCUCUGUUCUUUUCCUCUUCCAUUCCUACACCAUUCUAUUUACCUGAAAUUUCAAUGUGGCUUGCAACUAAUUUGUUUUCUCUGGGUCUGCUGGCUAGAAAAUUGAAGAGUAAAUUGCACAGCAACGCUUUAUUUACUCAGAUCUUACCCCUUUGUGUAGAGAAAGGGAAAAAACUUUGGGUUCAGAAGCUUUGCAUUCAGAUGUCAUCAGCAAAAGGGAGCUGAAGUGCCCCCACCCUUUUCAUGAAGUAUUGAGGGGAACUCCAUGUAUUUCAACAACCAAGAAACUCUGUCUUCCCCUUUACAGCACCUUCUUUGAGAACAUUUUCAUCAUACAGACAUGGUCAGGCAAAAAUAAUCAAAGCAAAAUGCAUGAAAGAAAAGCCUUUUGUCACCAUUCUUUUCCUUGUCUCUGUUUCCUUACUCUUCCUGGCUCCUUGGGUUGGGGAGGCUGCUCAACCUCUGAGCCUUUGGGAGCCCACCUCUCUUUUAAAAUAUGUUUACAUGCUACAGUGCCAACCUCUGAAGGCUAAGAGGGUUGGAUACAGAACUUCGCUGGAUAUGAGGAGAACACCUCAUGUUCUUGCAUUUUUUUCUUAAAUUGCUGCAUUCUGGCUUUCAGUCAGUUGUGGGGAAUUCUCCCAGCAAUGAUGCAGAACCAUGAAGAGUGCAGAGUGUGCAUCUCUGCAAAUGAAGAAUGAAUGAAAUUCCUGUUACUCCAACAUCAUCGAGCCUUCAGGAUAACCAGAAAGCUUUGAGAUGUUUCCAGUAUUGUGAUGGGGGAGGGUGGAGAUUCAGGCAGCCUGAUUCUCCUUUCCUCCAAACCAUUAUGCUCCAUGUGCCUAUCCAGGACCAGGACUAAACCUGGAUGUUUACGGUAAUUUGUUUCUGUGUAAAUGUAUCCUGCUUUCAUCUUGGCGCUCACUGAACUUGAUAAUAAGUGGCUCAUCUUGUUUAGAUACCUUAUUUUAUUGUCUGUCUUUUUUAAAGGAAAAUGUAAGCAACAUGCAUUUGAUAAUGCCACAUAUCACAAAUGUUUGAGAGAUGUAUAUUUUUCUCAGUCUGAGAGAUGCCAGAGGGUCAUAUUACAUGGAAAUCAGUAAAGAAACAACAAGGGAAAGCUAAUUUUAUGUUUGUAGAACUGGGGAUGUGACUGAACAAUGUAUACGAUGGAAUAGAGAAUUACAACUGUAUUGUAGAUUUCUAUAACUAUCAUUGGAAAAUUCUACCAAACAAAGAUAACCAUAUUUUCUUUUAAAUUGUACAGUUCUUGGGGAGGGUUUAUAAAUAAAUAGAAUUGUUCGGGAUAUGAAACUCCAUUUACCUUCCUCUCCCUCCAUCCCCUGCAAAGGGAUCUUUCCUUUUAAAAUAUCUUUCCUAUUGUUCCCUAUGAUUAAAUGUACUGAUGGCUCUGCUUUUAGCCAGGUACAUCAGCAGAGAAAAAAUUUACUCAGUUACACUUGGCCCCAGAUGAGGAAAAAAAAUCUUCAGCUUCAGUUGUGUAGCAUUCCAAAUCCUAAAAGGUUACAGCUUUCAUUUUAUUGGACUAAAUAAUCAGAAUGGCUGUAUUGCUCUAUUCAUAUAAUAAAAGAGAUUUGUGUGACACCUUCAAAAGUAACAACAAAUGUUGCGAUCUCAGCUGCUAAACAGAGUCAGGUCAGGUUCAGUGACCUGAAUGGAAACAGCUCAAAGUGAUUCCUGAUAUAAAUACAUUAGUACCAGCCAACUGAAGAACAAAUACUAUUAUCAAAAGAUGGGGACCGCCUGUGCCAGGGCAGUUCUGCAUCUCUGAAAAUAUUGUGCUUAGAAAGCCUCAAUCAGGAAAGUUGGGGAUGAUUUUUUUUUUAAUUUUUUGUAGAAGAAAACAGGCAGAUAGCACAGCAUACUGCAUAUCCUUUUUACUACUUUAUAGGUGGGUUUAUUUCUGGGCUUGGAGCCUGACUGAGAAAAAAAAAAACAACCAAGAAAGAUCAUUUGGAAAUAAGGGCAGUUGAAGGAGGGUUACAGCCCCAUGCCUCAAUCAGCUCUCUCAGUUCUCCAACUCUACUGCCUUAUUGUUAUUUAUCAGCAACCUGUGUCUGAAGACCCCAAUCCCAGCCCCUUGCCACAGAAAGCUAAGGGGGAAAAAACUUUUAAGUCUAUGAGGGCUGCAUUUAUUAACUCUCAAUGAUUUCACAUUAACGUGGUCAUGUUCAGAAAUUUCACAUUUGUUACAUGCAUCACAUUUGUAAUGUGCAUGCCUUUCUAUUUAAUCGCUUGGUUUCUUCUUAAAAAUUUGGAAGCAAAAUGAAACCAUGCAAUUCAGAUACACACUGCAGCUUUAUAUUUUGAAUGUCUCUGAACUGAUAGGCAGUGAAUUCCUGACUGAAGAACACUGGAGGGAAUGUGUAGGUUUCUGCUCAUGUAUAAAAUACUGUUGUCCGAUGCCUGGAGAUUAUGCCAAGGUUGAGGAAUGCACCCGUCUGCAGAAGUUGUAAACCUGAAAUGUUCAGUGUCCUCACCACUGGCCCUAUCACCCAAGACUUCUUGGAGUUACACUUAGACCACAUAUAGAGAGUUUAGGUUCCCCAUUCCUGGUUUAUGUUCUUGAAUAAUGACACCCUUCUUAUAGAGGAUUACUUAUGAAACCAUUAGGAAUGUCUAAUCUUUUUUUAAUGAACUAAAAACUGGCAUUGGAUUUCCUUGACAUACUUUGUGGGGGGGAAUCUCUUGAAGUAAUUUUUAACCCUCUGCUGCCACUUCCUGAUCCUUUGCAUGAAUCAUAGCAGCAGUAGAAUCAUAGUUAGCAAAUAGUGCAUUUUGUACUACACACUAAAUAAUUUUCUCUGGUGCAAUAUUGCAGUGCUUAUGUUGUGGCAUGAAUGCUAACUAGCUUUAUUCCAAGGUAUAUUUGAACAGUUUUACAGAAGUAUUUUGAACGGGUAAUCAAGGGAUUGCCAAAGAGUCCUGAAGGAAACAUUCCAUAAAUGUCUGUCCUCUGCUUGUCCUUGCCUGUGAGCCUUAAAUCCCUCUCCUUACUCAUUUCUUAACUCCUAGAAGAACUGAAAGAUGGCAUCAUGGUGGAUGACAUCACAACUCUGGGAGUAUAGUGACAGGCUCUAUUUGCUAGCUCAAGAUGGAAGAGAAUUAACUAGGAAGGAAAGAAAACAAAAUGUCCUUGAACCUUGAGGACCAAUUAAAUCCUCCAUCUUCCCCUCCCCCCUUAAUUUAGUUCAGUAAUUGUUAGAGGAAUUUUUCUAAAGUGAGGGAAGGCCACUUAAAUAAUUUCUAACAGAAUUAUUCCACUGAUAAGGGGAAACCAACAUGUUUUGUGAGGGAAGAAAUAGCUGUAGGAGCUACUUUCGAGCAAAUCAGCAGCCUCUGAGCAGCCUCUCCCUUUUUAAAAAUAAAAUCCAAAGCUUUGCAGCUGCAUUUUAAAAAAUGAACGUUAAUCAGAUACUUUAUGUGCCUCCUAUAUCAUGCCUAGUCAGUGCCUAAGGGUCAUAUGUGCAUCAUCCCUGUUUUUCAAUUUCUCACCUCAGCUAAUGUGGAUAACUAACUAUGCUCCUUCCUGCCUUUUUCUCCUUGAAUGAAAUAUCUAGGUAUAUAUGAAAAUCACCACGGUGUUUAUGAAAAUAGGACUUUUGUAAAAACGGCAACCAGAUAUAAAUUGUGUCUUGCUUAAAUAUUAAUAUCAAGACAUUAUUGCUGUGGGUUACAUGGUUAAUAGUUACAUACAAUAACAUCGACACAUUUAAAAUGUCAUGGAAGUGAGAUGGGUGACUAUAUAAAUAGUGAAAUGGAAAACAGCAAAGCAGAGGGAAAGAACUAAAUUAGAGAAAUUAAACCAAGAGACAGGUUCUGGGGACAGCGUUCCUGUGCCCUAGUAAGGUGUCUUUCAACUGUAUUGCAUUUCAGUUCCCAUCACUCCCAACCAAUUUAUUCACCUCUUUUUAGGAACAAGUUUUUGGCAAUAAGACCUGUAGAAUUGGUGUUUGUUAAGAUAGGCUUGCUUAGAAAGGCUUCUAUAUUAGGUGUGAGAGGGCCUUGCCCUGUGUCACUCCAGGCUGUAGAGGAAGGCAUCAGCAGUGAAAUGCACUUACCUUCACUACCGGUUCGGUAAUGUGAAUGCAUGAGCGUAGCAAGCGAGCACCUCUUCUGUGCAUGCGCAGAGGGUCAAAAAUGGGAUGUAAUGACAUCUCAACGGGUGGGUGGGCUGAGCCUCCCGCCGCCAGCACUACCAGUUCAUGCGAGCCGGAUAGAUGUGGCUGGAUUUCACCGCUGGAAGGCAUUCAUGAAGAGCAAUAUUUUUGUAUGUUUCAGAGGAGUUGAAAAGCAAAGGCACCCCUUUGAAGUCCACUUAAUUCCCUGCCACCCAAAUCAGGCUAGCUUCCUUUAAAAAAAAAAAAAAGUCUUUAAAGGGGCAAAGGAGACAUUUCACCCUCUUUAGCACCUUCCCAAUGGGCUCUAAAAAUGUCAGCACCAUUCCACAGUGACCUUUACAGCCCUCAGGCAGGGCAGAAAGCAUAGUGUGGCCCUCUGGCCAUCAUUGUUCUUGGCCCUUGGAUUUCUCUAGUUCCCUGGGCAGUUAAAGCAGAAUGUAAUUUUCAUGUCAGAUCAAUAAAUUAGGAAAUGAGUUGGCUCGUUGUGAAAACAUAUUCAAAGUCUCAGCUUGGUUAUGUUGAAAUCACAAAUAGCAUUUUUUGAGUAUUUUUUUCCUACAUUCCUGCAAACAGCCUUGAAGUGCAGAGGAGUGUAAGAAACAAUGCUUUUUCUCCCUUAGGCCUAAAGCAGUGGCAUCCGGGAGAUGAUGGUGGCCAAAAAUAACUCAAGAUGGUGAUCAUGACCACGAUAUUGAAGUUCUGUCCCUUUGUACAUGUGUGCGAUAUACAAGUGGCUGGGCUUCAAUCACAUGGUCAUUAUUGCCAUCUUGACUUUUUUGACACAUACCAUCCCCAUGAUGGACUCGCCUGCCUAAAAUCUGCCUGUUUUGAACUACUAUGUUAUUCUGUUGCUGAUGAAUUGUUUCUUACUCUUAUUUGCAUUUCUCCAUUCUAAGAUCUAUUUACUUAUUCGUAUACGCAACAUAUAGCCUCCCUUUCUUUCCUUCAGGAGCUCACAGUAGUGGACAUAGCAGUUGCUCCCUAACCAAACUCUGUGAGAUAGGUUGGACUGAGAGAAAAUGACCAGACCAAGUCACCCCAUGAACUUCUAUGACAAAAGCCGGGCUGGAAUCCGAUCCUCUAGCACCUUAACCAUUACACCACGCUGGCUUUAGGUCAGUCUAGACAAUGGCAGGUACUUCUUGCAUAAGUCAGGAAUAAAAUGAGAAAUUGGGGCUCUACAAAGAACUACUGUGAUCCAUGCAUUUAUAUUAGGCAUUAAAUUAUUAUGCAAAAAUGAUUGAGAAGAUGGCUAGUGGCUUAAUUUAUUACUUUUGGUACUUUCAAAGAGAUUGAAGUCAAUCUCUUAAUCAUAUUUCACUUUAAAAUGUAGCCAUCUAGCAAAUAAAGAAGAUGGCACAUAGGUACAGAUAAUUUAGCUGCAUAUAGACUUAUAUUGUUUUUGAAAGUCACUAAAUUAGCUCUGGUGCCAGAGAUUUUGCUUACUUCAUUGUAGCCCCUUGUGGCAAGUCAUUAUCUCUCUGUAUUUAUGGGCUGCUCAUAAGAAGAGGAGGGAAAAAUGAAGGGAUUAACUCUGGAACAAACUUACACAAAUAUUUGCUACGUUUUACAUAUACAGAGGUUUUAUUCUGAUGCCUCACCUUGGGCAGCAAAAUAUCUUCAGCAGGUUCUCCUGAACUUUUUCUUCCCGUCACUGAGCUUCUCAAGAAUCAGGAUAAUUGGGAGACGAGAUAAUUGAAGCAGUGGUGGAAAACCUGCAUUUGCUCUGCUUGUUGCUACUUUUUCAUUUUAAAUCAUCCCCAUUUUGUUUUGUGGGUGAUGCUGUCAAGUGUAUUCAGGUCCCUUGACCUGGAUUUCACUACACAGUAAAGCUGUAUCUAGAUGGUACCAUUUUUGAUUGCCAGGGGUGGGGGAAGCCAAGGUUUCAAUGCUUCUCUAUGCAAAGAUAAUUCUCAGCAGUUGAUGGGACAAUUGAUCGUGGUAAGAUAUUCUAAGCCAAGUUUCCAUGAAAUGCUCACUUUCUGUGCACAAAUAAUUAUCUGAGUGAAGGAGUAUUAUAAUUGUGGAAACCAAGUUAUAAUCUGAAACUUUCCUAUUCAAGUUGAGAGGCUUAGUAGUGAAGCAAGCAGAAAAAGUAUUUUAAAUAAAUUCAUAAUUUAUUUUAAUUAAUUCAGUUUUUCCGCACAUGUUUAGUCCAGGCAUACCUGUAGUGUAUUUCUUUUGACAUUACAAUACUAUACAUACUUCAGUAUGGCACUUUUGUUUCCUUUUUCCUUAAAUGUCAUUGGCAUAGAUGUCUGAAUUUUGUUCCAAACUUUGUAUCCGCAAUUAUAAGUUUGGAUGUUAAUUUACUGUUAUUUCUAGGAACUGCAAAAUGUUGUCUGAGAGAUAAAAAUCAUUUCUGAAUAUAGUACCAUAUUUUUUUAAAUAUUUCUCCAGUUCAUUUGGUGCUGUGCAUGAAGUGGUGGACCCAUCCUCCAAGCUAGAAAUGAGCCUCAAAAAUAAUUUUCCAAUUAGAAGGAACUUUUUUUAAAAAAAGAAGGAAAGAAAAGAAAAGCUUUUCAUAGUGGUGAAUAAGCUUAAAAGCAGAAUACAGGACAAUAAAUACAGGAACUAUAUAUAUAUAGUUAUAUAUAUAUAUAUAUAUAUAUAUAAAGAAAUAGUGGCUAGUGUAAUUGAAGCAUGUUUAAAGAAACCAAAGGUUUGGGGUGUGGGGUUUUUUUUUUUUUUUAGAUUAAAUUUAUUAAGGUUGACUUGCAGGGAAGUUUAUAAAGAGAGACCAGUCUUAAGACUUUUCACAAUUCUGAAUUUCUGAAGAAGGGGGGGAUAGUUUUCUUCCCAUCUUUAAAAUAUGGGAUUAAUUGAGGACAAUGACUUUCCAGGAAAGGAAUGGGAGGAAAAGUAGAAGUGGGUUUACAAAAUAACCCUCUGACUUCCUUCAGUCCUGGGGCACUCGAGCAGAAAAAAACCAGAUUUGCCUUUGGUCUUCCAACUCCAAAACAUCUUUGCUUAAACCUUUUUUUUUUAAUUGGUUAUUCUGUGCAUGUUUUUGAUAAUGUGACUUAUGAGAAUAUAUAUUCUCUCUCUCAAUAUAUAUACAUAUAUCUUUUGUGCACGCAUACACAUGUGUCUGUGUGCCUGUGUGUAACUAUAUUUAUAGGUAUAAAAAUUAUAUGGCGUUUCAUGCCUGGUUAUGGUUAAUGCCAUUGAGGAAAAGAGAGCGUUGCCUACAAGGGCAUGUAAGAACCUCAUCAAGUUAAUGUUAUUAAACAGCACGUGGUUUUGCCAUU